UGUGGGGGAGAGUGAGGAGAGAGGGGGGGGUGACAGAGCAAAGGGGGCGGUGAGGACCACGAGAGGGGCCUCCAUCGGUCACCAUGGAAACGGAGCCCGGGUCACUCCUAGUCGGGACCCUCAUCGACCUUGACCCCGUCGAUUCGGGGGUCCCCGGGGUCUCCGAGGUCACGGGGGUCUCCUCGGGGGACCUCCUGUCGCUCCCCACCGCGGGGGGCCCCGCGAUCGACCUCCUGUGCGGCAGCCCCCGCGUGGAGAGCCUCGCUCUGCCAGGGGGCGAGCCUCUCCCCCCGAGCCUCGACCUCCUCUCGGGCAGCCCCCGGGACCCAGGGGGACCCAUCCCCUCGGGCGGGGACCCGUGGGGUCCCGCGGGUGACGCGUGGGGUUCCAGCGCCGAGGGGACCACCGUCACAGAUCCCUGGGGGCCCGCGAAAGGCCCCUGGGGCGACCAGGCCGAGGCCUCCACCGUCGAGGGGUUCGGGCCUCAGGAGGGAGGGGACGCGUGGGUCCUGUCGGAGACCCCCUCCAAGGGGGUCCCCGAGGGGGUCUCCGAGGGUGUCGGCGGGCACCAGAAGCGCGGCGCCGGCGAGGAGUCUCCCACGGCGAGCGAAGCGACGGAGUCGGCGGAUUCGUCCGAGGCGGAGGGGGAUGAGGAGGGCGCGGGGCCUGGCCUGGGCCCCAGAGACGAGGAGCAGCAGCAGCAGCAGCGAGGGGACGGGGAGGAUGCCGGGGAUGGCCCCGAGGAGGAGAGACCCCUGGUCGGCUCGGGGUCCGCGGGGUCCCUCGGGGCCCCCGAAGGAGGGGAUGAGGGGACCCCAACCGGGGGCAGGACGUUCGUGAGGAACUUGGCAGCGAAGAUUGUCGACCAAACAGAGGAGGUGAGCGAGGAGGAGCGAGCUGCAUUUGCCGAGGCCUUGUCGGGGGAGGGAGGCAAGGGACGCGAUUGGUUCGCCCGCUACAUCGUGGCGCAGGGAGGCCCCCGCUGUGUAUCGGCCCUCGUCUUCUCCAAGCUGACAGAGGCCUUCUCAGCGCUUCUCACCGAGUGUCACCGUCACGAUGAUUUCCUCCCGGCCGCUCGGAUUCUCCCUCUGUGCUUCGAGUUCCACUGCCUCGGGGACGUGACUCUCGGCAGGGGGCCCUCGGGUGAGCGCCGGGACCCCGGCGAGGGGUCCCUGGACUCGUACUUCCGCUCGGCCAACUCGUGGCUGGCCGACAAGAAGGGCAAAGCCGGCCGGCUGCUCCGGGCCGCCCCCCUCGCGCCCCCCAACAUCCGCGGCCUCCUCGGGGGGUUCCGGACCCCCUUCGGCCGCCGAGCGGAGACCCCCGUGCCCAGCAGUCCCCCCGACGAGGGAACCGAGGAGAACCCCGAGGGAGCUCCCGGCGGAGACGCCGAGGAAGAGGGGGGGGUGUCUGCGGAGGCAGCGGGGGCCACCGAGGAGCAAGCGACAGACUCCGAAGUGCGAGGAUCCGCCGAGGGGGGAGGGGUGGCGGGGGAGGAGGGGGAGGCGGUGACCCCACGCACGUUCCUGUACACUCACCUUAAAGAUCAACCCAUCUGGCAGACUCUACGCUUCUGGAACGCGGCGCUCUUCCAGGCGCUGCACGUCGAGCGGCAGAAACACGAGCUCCCCCACAGCGGGUCUCAACGCAAGGAGCUGUGCACAGCAGUGGACAGCAGUAGGGAGGUGACGGAGAGCAUCACAUUCAACCUCCUGGGCUGCCUGUCGGGGCGGAUGCUGUCCCUGGGUCUCAGUCGCCGGGCCUGCGCCGAGUUCCUGAGGAGGCAGUGCGACACGGGGGGGCUCGCCGAAGAACAACUGGAGGCGCUGGUGGCAAACAUGGAGCGACUGGAAUCAGCAGCAGCGGCAGCAGCGGAAUAAACCACGCUCGCCACACCCCUACUCACCACAUCACACCACGCCAUCGUACUCGCCACACCAAUACUCGCUGCAUCACACCACGUCUUCAGCAUACUCACCACAUCAUCACACCACUCCGUACUCGGCACACACCCAUACUCUCUGUCAUCACCUUGCGUCUCACAUCACACGUCAUCACACCAUGCAUGCACAGCCGCGACCGCGCACCCAUAAGCACACACUGCACACACACACUACAAACACACAUUGCACACACACUGCACACACACACUGCACACAAACACUCUGCACGCACACACACACUGCACACACACACACACAGCACACACACACUGUCCACACCACACACACACACACGCAAAGCAUAUGCAACACUGGUUGCUGACCUCUCACUCACACCUUACUCGCCUGCCUCUCCACCCACCCAGGUGUGGCUGCCUGACUCACUGGCCUGCAAGUUCAAUUCCGGAGCGACGAUAAUAAGAAUCUCUCUGAUUGAGUGAGUCGGCGAAUUAUAACACUAGGCCUGUUCCAUGGUUGGGGUGAGGGUAGGGGAGUCACGUGGUGUGUGGUGGCACCAGAGAGAAGUUAGGGCCUUGAUACCACGUGAGAUGAACCUCACCUGGUGAUGCCUCACCUGGUGAGGCCUCGCCUAGAGGGUCCUCAGCAGGAGCAGGGUCACCCAGGUGAGGUGAGGUGGGGCCUGGCCAGUGCCAUCCCUAGGGUAACGGUGAAUCGGGGGGCGACCGCCCUGGGCCCCGCGAUUUGGGGAGCCCCCCCCGCGUUUCUACGUCACUGCGUCGGGGAGGGGGGGGGGGGCGCACCACCACCUCCCCCCCUCACUCUGGACGACCCUGGGCCUGCUAAACUUCGGUUGCAAACUCUCCCAUGAUCCGCGACUCGGGUCUGGCACUUUAUCCACUCGCAGGCCAAGCCCCGGUCGAAUGUCGACAUUGCAAGUCGUUCACUACCCGUGGUGAUCUGUGGCCGUGAUCUUUACUAAUUUUCAGCGGGGGGGGGGGGGGGGGGGAGCACGUUGGCCGAUUAGACGUCCCCAGUGUCAGGGUGCCGCUACACUUGUGAAACCAUUGGGGGGUUUGUGUGUUCACGUAGCCCCGCGGGGCCUUGCAACGAAGAACGCGAAAAUGAAUCCUCGUAACGCCGCCAGACCUCCGUGGGCAGCGGUGGCGGCGGUGGUGGCUACGCCGCUGCUGCUGCACGUGGCCGCCGCUGCUGCUGCUGCACAUGGC